GGCUGGAUAGACAACUUUAAUGGACCAAGUGGUGUUUUCAUUGCUGCUGGGAAGGGCAUCCUGCGCACCAUGAGAGCCAGUAAUGACGCGGUGGCCGAUCUGAUUCCUGUAGACGUGGUUAUAAACCUGACGCUGGCCGCCGGCUGGUACACCGCGGUGCACAGACCGAAAACUGCACUCGUGUACAACUGCACAACCGGAGGCAUUAACCCUUUCCACUGGGGCGAGAUCGAGCAUCACGUGAUGUCCACAUUCAAGAGGAAUCCUCUGGAACAGGCUUUCCGUCGGCCUAACGCCAACAUCACCUCCAAUUACCUGAUCUACCAGUACUGGAUCCUCGUCAGUCACAAGUUCCCCGCGCUCAUCUAUGACCUGUUCCUCCGACUGUCCGGACAGAAACCACAAAUGAUGCGCAUUUUCAACCGUCUGCACAAAGCCAUCGGUCUGCUGGAGUACUUCAGCAGUCAGGACUGGGAGUGGAACUCCGACAACAUGAACAUGCUGAUGAGUCAGCUGAGCGCCGAGGACAGGAGGACCUUCAACUUUGACGUUCGUCAGCUGAACUGGCCCGAGUACAUCGAGAAUUACUGUAUCGGCACCAAGAAGUACGUUCUGAACGAGGACAUGUCAGACAUUCCCGCCGCCAGACAGCACCUGAGGAAGCUGAGAAACAUCCGAUACACGUUCAACACGGUGCUGCUGGUCUUCAUCUGGCGCGUCUUCAUCGCUCGCUCUCAGAUGGCCAGGAACAUCUGGUACUUCGUCGUGAGCUUGUGCUUCAAGUUCCUGUCCUACUUCAGGGCUUCCAGCACUCUGACCCAAUGACCGGAGCAACAGGAAGUGUGUGUCCUCAUCCUCCGAGCACUUCCUCUUCCAGAGGUGUCUUCAGCCAUUCACACACACACACACACACAGGUGUUUCUUUAGCUUUCCUCACCGGCUGCUCGCUCCACCUGACUCCUCCAUGUAAUGUUUUUAAAGGUGUCCUCUUUUAUAACGACUGUCCUUAAUACCGAUUAUAUAUGCAACUGCAUUUUACAGUUUCUCCUUUACAUUCUCGUCACCAUCCAAAAUCCAGAGACGCUGCCUUUGUGUCUUCUGAUGAUUUUAGCCUUCUCGACUACAGACAGUGUUUCGGACCACUGGAUCUUCGAGGUGUCCAUGACUUACCGCUCAAAGCUUUGCUGUUUUCAGCCAUUUCUCACUCUUUGUGAGUGUGUGUUUGUCUUUUAACGGUUCGUUUGUGUCCUGUCUGUUCUAAUACCAUGUGAUCAAGCCGGAAAACUCUUUCGGUUUUGUGUUUUUUUUCUUGUUUCGUUUGCUGCGUUCGGAGGGAAAGGCCAACAGAUCUGAUGCAUUUAUAACAUCUCACACAUUUUUUUGCCAAGUCGUCGCUUGCUCAACUGUAUAUCCACCAGUUUAAUCAUAAACACUCAAAAUCAAAAGAAAAAAAGUCUAUUCAUGAAGAAAAUGCAGCCUAUUUUUAAGGAACUAAAAUAGUUCCUAAAAUAACAUUUUCAUGACAAUUAAGCACUUUUACCACCAAAUUUAAUGCAUUUUUUAACGAUUCUAGAAUUAUUC